AGAGCAGGAACGCGGGGUUGUCCCAGGCUGGCGUGUAGCCUCUUGACGGGGGUCACUUCGUAAGACAGGAGAGAGUUGUGUUUUUUUUUUUCUUCCUGGUUUUCUAAGCUGUGCUGUAAUGUUGGCCCCGGACUGCUGGUAUCGGAGGCGGCUGUGACAGGGAGUGGGUUGGGGUUCGCUCAGUGGCAUUUAUUUCUCCUGAAAUGGGAGCUCUCCUGUAUGCCGAAGCGAUGCUCCUUCGCCUGUUCUGAGAAUGAUUAAAAACGAGAAGCCGUCGUAAUCCAGCUCUCAACUUCUGCUCCGAUCCCCUCGUCUCCAGCUUUGCUGGAGGAGCUCUUGGACGUCUCUGAACAUACACCUCCUGUACUCUAGUACCUUAAUGGAGGAAGUGGGAUUGUUUGGGUCCUCUAGGAGAUAUUGUAAUACCAGUACAUAAUAGAUAUCCCGUCUCUGAAAUGUUCAUUAUCUACUGGAGAUUGUUGCACAUUUGGUGACUUUCAAGUUUCAAAUCAUGGACUCAGAACAGAUCAUGGAGGGACAGGCACAGCAUGUUGUUUUACAGGUUCCAGAAAAUCCUCAUGCUGAAUAUGGCCUUACAGAAAAUGUAGAGAGGAUAGUAGAAAAUGAGAAGAUUAACGCAGAGAAAACAUCAAAGCAGAAGGUGGAUCUUCAGUCGUUACCUACACGUGCCUACUUGGAUCAGACAGUUGUGCCUAUCUUACUACAGGGACUUGCUGUACUUGCAAAGGAGAGACCGCCAAAUCCUAUUGAAUUCCUAGCAGCAUAUCUUUUAAAAAACAAGUCACAGUUUGAGGACCGAAAUUAAUUCCAUGGGAAGAGGACGACAGUUUGGCUGCUAAAAUUAGAUGCUAAUUUGCCAUGAUUCAUUCUUUGCUGUAAAAAUCAUACAGAACCACCAAUGUCUUUCAAACUGCACAAUUUCCCUUAUCUUUUCUUGAGUUAUUUAAUAAAGUACAUUUUUAUUCUCA